GCCGUAAGUCCAGCAUGGCUGCCCCCUGUUGCACUGUGAUGUUGUGGCGUUAUGUAUGAGGAGCCUUGUGUCCGCUGUGAUGAGUGAGCCGCCGCUGACCUACAGGAUCGUUACUAUGAGGUCCUACCAGGCUGUGCUGCUGCUGCUCGCCGCCCUGGCAGUGUUUGCCUUCUAUUACUUGGGUUCUGGGAAGGAGAAUUUCUCCAGCACCACUCGGAGGAUGAAGGAACACAGCGCAAUCCCAGACAUGGAGCUGCUGCCUCCUUCUUCCUCAGAACUGAAGCUGGGUGAAGGGAAGAGCAAGAACCUGGAGAGCCGGGGGGUGCAGGACUACCAUGUCCUGAUGAUGUUCACCAAGGUGGACAGGGCUCCAGGGCUCAGGAGCAAGUUCCAGGUGGCGCUCCACUCCCUGGUCAAGUACGGCAAGUUCGAGAGUACGGAGGUGCUGAGCCUGCACUUUGUAGCUGACGAGUCCAGCAAAGAGAUCGGCAAGACUAUGCUCCGCGACCUGCUGCAGGGCGCCAGCUUUAAGUAUAAGGUCAUUUUCCAUGAUGUCAGCAGCCUGACAGAGAAGCUGGUUCCAAUAGUAGAAGCCAUGCAGAAGUUGUUCAGUGCUGGUACUGGAACGUACUACAGUGAUUCCAUCUUUUUCCUCUCUGUUGCUCUACACCAGAUAAUGCCAAAAGAUAUCUCUCGAAUCAUUCAGCUAGACUUGGAUUUGAAGUUCCAGACCAACAUCAGGGAACUGUUUGAGGAGUUUGAUAACUUUCUACAGAACUCAGUCAUUGGAAUAGCACAUGAAAUGCAGCCUGUGUACAGACAUACUUUUUGGCAGUACCGUCGUGAAAACCCAAACACCAAGGUUGGAGGUCCUCCACCAGAUGGGAUGCCUGGAUUUAACAGUGGAGUGAUGCUGCUGAACCUAGAAGCCAUGCGACAGUCCAAACUUUACAACCAGCUGUUAGAACCCAAUGCAGUGCGCCUACUUGCAGAAAAAUAUCAUUUCAAAGGUCAUUUGGGAGAUCAAGACUUCUUCUCCAUGAUUGGGAUGGAGCAUCCAGAACUGUUUUAUGUUCUAGACUGUGGCUGGAAUAGGCAGCUGUGCACCUGGUGGAAAGAUCAGGGCUAUGCUGACAUCUUCGACCUGUAUUACAAAUGUGAAAGUCACAUAAGAAUUAUCCAUGGUAAUUGCAAUACUCCAAUUCCAGAAUAAUAGGGCUCAGGGUUAUUUAGAGAUGGAAAAAUCAGUGGUUAAGUCUGCUAUGCGAUUUCACAAAAAUGGGGUGGACAUUUAUGUAUUUUUGAACUUUUUAUGAUGUAAAAAAAAAUCACGAAGGUCCAACUAGACGUGGCAUGCUGUUUUCUAGGG